AUGGCCUGGCAAUCGAUGGGCGUGAAUGGCGGCGGCGGCGAUGGCGCCCAGCAGGCACAUCAACCGCAAGGCACGGAAUACACUCUCCAAGGCGUGAUGCGAUUUCUACAGACAGAGUGGCACCGACAUGAGAGGGAUCGUAAUGGCUGGGAAAUCGAGAGGCAGGAGAUGAAAGGGCGGAUAGCGAGGCUCGAGGGCAGCACGCGGAAGAGCGACGCCAGCAACAAGAGCCUGAAGAAGUACAUCAACAUGUUGGAGAAGGCGCUGAAGGAACGAGAUGCCCAAGUCAAGGCCCUGAAAGCCGGCGCAAACGUACAGGGCGAAGACUCUACACGCGAUGGCAAGGAGAAGGAGGACUUGGCGGUCAAAGGGGAUAGGCGUAGGUCCCUCCCCCAAUUUGAGAACUUCGGCGCUGAUCAAGCAAAAACAGCACAAGAAAGACCCCACAACUCGUUCUUAGAUACGGAGGCAGAGGGCGAGAAGGGAGACGAGGAUCCGGACCGAGAUAGUCUCAAGGGUUUCAUGGACAAGACACAAGGAGAGCUCACAUAUCUGAUGGUUUCGCCAUCCAACCCCCUUCCCCCAAGAGAACCUUCACCCCCCGAUGAAAUGCUGCUACACCGUUCCUACGGUCCCGGACAAGGCCAGCAAAGUCUGGAGGAGAUAUACCAGCAGCAAGCGGGGCAGAAACACAUGCGAGAGUCGAGUCUUUCCAGACCCUCUCCUACGCCCAACCACCAACCGCCUCCACUGCCAACCACGAACCUAGCGAUCAGGAACCAAGAGCCCCCAUCUUCGCGAUCAUUGGCAGAUCAGCAACCGCUACCCACAAGCUCACCGCAAGAGUGGUCCUCGAAUUUCCAGAUGCCGGAGCAACCUGCGGAGGAGCAGGUCACCCACGUCAACCAUAGCUUUGAUUCGUAUGGUCGCGAGAUUAAUGCCGAGGAGACGGGGAAGAAGUCGCAAACAGAGGCAGAUGGGUGGGAUUUCAACGAGGCGGCACAAUUUCCAGAGCCAGAGCCGAAACCGACCCCUCAACGCCCCGACACGGAGUUAUUCCCCGCUGCCCAAGACCCGCCCAAAUCUCCAAAUCGUGGACAAGGAUCGCACCGGAGGCAGGGGUCCAUGUCGCGGCGCCGAAGUGCAGAGCAUGAAUUAUCACUCCACCCGGCGCAAAAAGUUGACGGGGGGAGCUUCAAGGUGAGAUUUGGACUGAGGGGACAUCUGGACGCGGUUCGGACUGUGAUUUUUACUGGGGGUGGAAGUCCUGCGGAACCUGAGAUCUGUACCGCUGGUGAUGAUGGCACGAUCAAGAGGUGGAUUAUACCAGCUCGCUACGAUAUUCAGGGAGGUAUGCAUCACGCGACAAAUGACCUUGACAUACAGAGCUACUUCACCCACCGCGGUCAUACGGGAACGGUCAUGUCUGUGACUGCUUGGUCCCCAUCCCAAAACUUCUCCAGUGGGGGUCGAGCUCAGGGUGACGGGUGGAUAAUUUCCGGAGGACAGGACGCUACUGUAAGAGUAUGGGAGAGAGGACGGGUUGAUCCUAAGGCUACCCUCGAUGGCCAUACGGAUGCAGUCUGGACCGUUUGUGUGCUACCAGGAAGCACGGGAUCGAUCUUUGGCCCCAGCAACUCUUUCGGUGGCCCCGAUCGUAUCAUUCUGGCGUCAGGGAGCGCGGACGGAACCGUGAAGGUCUGGUCUGUUAGUACGCCACCACUGAUGAUGUCUCCAUCGGCUCAAGGAGGAAGUGGACGAAGAGGUGGUCGUCAACGUGGAAAUUCGACGUCCUCCGGAUCAGCUUUCCCAUCCUCCCCCCAGCCGAGCGUCGCAUCCAACUCUCCAUUCCAUUAUACCCUCAUCCACUCCAUCUCUCGGGCCAACAGCACCGCCUCACCGACCUGCAUCACACCGCUCUCGCCGUCGGGAGAUUCGUUUGUAGUGGCGUAUUCGGACGCAGCUGUCUUGGUUUACGACACCCGCACCGGCGAAGAGGUGGCGGCAAUGGCCAGCCUCGAGACGUACGAUCCUACAUUCCCCUCCGGCGUAAACGCAAUCGUCGCAACAACCAACGGGCUUGACAGCUCGCUGACGUUCGAUUCCAGCCGUGGCCUCUCGGAAGACGAAGGUGUCGUUGCAGGAGCCACUGGAUCUAGCAGUGGUGUGGAAGGGACCAUCAUCUCUGGCCACGAAGACCGAUUCAUUCGUUUCUACGACGCCAACAGCGGUAAGCAGCACCCCCAUUCCUCUCCUGGUGUCCGAUCUGACGAUGGAACGACAGGACAAUGCACGUACAACAUGCUAGCACAUCCCGCUGCUAUUUCCUCGCUGUCACUCUCCCCUGAUGGAAGAGAAUUGGUAUCUGCAGGCCACGACGCGAGUUUGAGGUUCUGGAGUAUGGAGAAGAGGAGCUGUGUCCAGGAAAUCACCAGCCACCGCUUGAUGCGCGGGGAAGGCGUGUGCGCAGUGAGCUGGAGUAGGGAUGGGCGGUGGGUCGUCAGCGCGGGCGGGGAUGGUGUGGUGAAGGUCUUUGCGAGAUGA